UUUUCGUCAUUUAGCAGGGGGUUUUUGGUGAAGCUGAUCAUCUAAAGUACUAAAAAUAUGGUAUCGACUCGUCAGUCAAGUAGUAUGGGAGGAAGUAAUGGGAGUGGGCCAGUUGCUGAAGUUACAGAUGUGAGUUCAUCCAGAAGACAUCAGUCUGUAGCAAUGGCCAGCUCUUAUAAUGGAGCAUCCGUUUCGGAUCCACCUCCUUAUAGUAAUUUGAACCUCCUUAACUUACCAGUUGAAAUUCUUGAAAAGAUUUUUAGCUAUUUGGAUUAUAAUACAGUGGCUCAUUUACGUCCAGUAUGUCACCAGAUGGAUCAUGUUUGUGGAUCAAUUUUAAAUUCUACAUUUCAGAAGCUUCAAGCACAAAUGUUGAGUCGUUUUCAGGCAAUCAAAGCACAGAUGCCAAGACGUGAAUCUGCACGUAGAAAUCAUCCAUUAGCUUGUGAAUCAGAUAUCAUUGAAACCCUUCAUAUGCGUCUUACAUUGCUUCAGAUGAGUUUUGGCAAACAUAUUGAGCGUAAACAUUGUUGUUUUUUUCCUGGAGAGAUUUUAGAUGAGGUUUAUCGUAUUUUGCAUUAUAUAAAAGUAACUCCAAAAUUAGCCAGACCAUACAAAGUUACAGAUGAAUUAUUUGAUUUAAGUACUAUGGCUAUGGAGUACUUUAAGGAACGUAUUGAACCAACAUUACCAGAAAUACCUUAUUUUGGAGCUGAUUUCCUAGAUCUUGCUGGGACAUUCUCCUCUUCUAGUAAUGUGAGCAAGCCAUUCAUGUGCCUGGAUUCUACACCCUUAACUGUUGGAAGUGGUAAAUCAGGAAGCAAUAGUGGAGAAGAAGGGUCCCCACCUCAUUCGUCGGAAGAUCCUGGUCUCUUGGAAUCCACUGUGUCACCGCCACAAUCAAAUAUGGUGUUACGGAAACGAAUUCGUAAAAUUAAGCAAGGCAUGAAGCGAUAUAAUAGUCAGUUAACGUUAAUGCGUAGAGAUUUGAGGAGUUGCAAAACCAAGAUAGCAGAACAACAGAAACAGAUUGUUGAAUAUGCUACUCGUCUUGAUGAGAACGACAAGAAGAACGAGGAGACUUCUCGUAAAUUUAGCACACUCCUACAGGAAUUGAACAAGUGUAAAACAGAGCUUCAGUAUUGGCGAUCUAAAUCUCCGGCGAUACCAGUGUGUGUAGUCUGUGGUCAAUCUAUGUUGGUACCAACGGAAGAUCUACAGCCUCUAACGAAUCAAGGUAUAAUGCCAGAAACGAUUGAUGAAGGAUUGGACUUCAUUCCUAUAGCGGACGCGCAGAGUCCUACCGAAGUAGCUCCACAACCAAUAAUUACACAACAGCCUUCAUCGCCGCCACCACCGAUAGUGGAAAUGGCACCUCCAAAGGCUCCUGUGCCUUCAUUAUCUUCAAAACGGAAAUCGAACGCAGAGGAAGCACCGAGCGACUCCGGAAAGAAACCUCGUCGUACUGCCAAGUCACGUCAGGUUAAACGCUCGAAGAUAUAAAUCGAUUCUGAUCAUGGUACAAAAAUAUCUGUCUAACAUCUUUACUGGGUUCUUGAAAGAGGUCUUUCUAUUUGAAGUAUCGUGUUCCUUUACGCCAGCGAGCGAAUGAUCUUAGAAAAGUACAAAAUUCUUUCCUGAACGUCCUGCAUUUCGCGCAACGAACCUCGUUUUGAAAAAUUCUAGCCAUGUUGGUUACCGCGCGAAGGGAAUUGACGCGAUUGAUUUUCCUAUUUUAUUACGGACGGAUUUGUCAUACACAGUGACAUCUACAAAUAUUCUAAAUGAUAGCUGAUCAUUCGUGUCGUUCGUAAAGCAACAAAAAGAGCUACUUUUUUCAGACCCUUUUAAUUAUUAUUAUUGUCGUGAUGGUAUACACAAGGAGAACGGAAGGAAUGAAUUUUGUAUGAAAUGUUUAUUUUACAACAAUAUCACGCUAAUAGAGCAGAUUAAAUGUCAUAAGGGUGAUGAACAAGAAUUCACCUUCUGUAUUCCUUGAACAUA